CGUUCGUGAACAAAGUCACUGCCGACGGACACAACCUGUCCUCGGCAUGGACGGCGACGUCCCCGCGCGGACAGACGACUGGAGGAACACUAAGGAGGCGGUCGACAACUUUCGCCGCCUGCUGCUUUGCUCCAAAUGGCGAGUCGGUUCUCCGGCGUCAGGGUGCAGAGACGUGAUCGAGCACCUGGACAAUCACAUGGCUGAUUACUGAUGAACUCGUUCAUUCAUUCGAGUUCAAAUUUGAUGAAGGAACCUGUGUGUCUAGGAACGUGUGAGCAUAUGGUGUGCAGGUCCUGUGCUGGCCCCCAGGCAGGAGAUGGCUGCGUGGUGUGUCACAGCCCUGCAUGGGUGAAGGACAUCCAGAUCAACAGGCAGCUGAGCAGCAUUAUACAGCUCUUCUGUGGCUUGGACUCCCUGAUCAAUCCCAUGGACCCACCAGACUCCUCUGUUCCGGAGAUUCAGACACAGCCUGCGAGCCCUGUCUCAAAACACAAGAAGAACUUCAAGAUCUGGUUCAGCCCCCGCAGCCGCAAGGUACGGUGCACAGUGGAGAGGCCCUCAGAGGUCACCGCGCCGGACAACAGGUCCACUGGAGAAACAGCUGCAGCACAGCCAGACACGAUUACUGCUCAACACCAGGACUUGUCAGUUUUCAAUUUCACCUCGUCCUCCCAAGACUCCGGCUCCUCUUCUCAAAGACGCAACACCGAAAACGUUAACAGGAAGAAGAGGUCAACCAAGACAAAUGCCGCCAGCAGGAAGGCAUUGGCACGGGGAGCCACCAGGACCACACGAAAGCAUACCGGGCAGAAAAUGAAGAAGACGAGACUGGAGGCCAUCAAUAAACAAUGGGGGGUCACCGAGGAGGUAGAUACCCCAGAGGAAAAGGAGGAGCACUGUGCUGAAGGGACAAGGAGAUCCAGUAAAAGGGUUUCCUUCCUAAGCCCUGCGGUCAUCUCUGACGAGCCUCAGCCUGAAGUGCCACAGGGGAGUUCUGCUGACCUCAGCCCUGGAAAGAGCAACGCGAGGGAGAGACACUCAGGAGGCAGCACCACUGAAAUGAUUUACCAUGCCUCGGCUGAUCAAAACACGUCUGACAGUGUUAUCCAGCAAAACACACCGUCCUCCAUUGACCUCGAGCCAAAUGAUGAUCCUGAAAAACAGGUGAACGUUUCUACUCCAAAGAAUUCCUCAAAAAGAACCAGAUUGGUGGAGAAAAUUGGCCCAUUGGAGACCACGCCAAAAAGGCCCAGGGUCUCACCAGGCCGGAGGAGAAAAUCGCCGGGUCAGAUAUCGCCAGUCGUCCUCAUCCGUCCAUUUUUGACUAGCCCCAGGAAUGAAAAGAGCAACAACAACAUCUGCAGAGAAGAGCGAGGACAGAGCCCGUCUGAUUUAGCUGCUGUGGGCCGAAAAUCUCCCGGUACUCCAGGUGCAGCUCUUGGGCGGCCGAGCUCAGGAAGCCCUGCAGUCAUGAAGAGGAACCACAAAGGGGAGACCCUGCUACAUCUCGCUGCUAUCAAGGGAGAUGUAGAAGCUGUCAAGGAGCUGCUGGACCAGGGGGCCGACCCUAACCUGAAGGAUAACGCUGGGUGGACACCCCUGCACGAAGCAUGUAACCUGGGUCACGUGGAAGUUGUGGAGGCGCUGAUCUCGAGGGGAGCUCUACUGAACACACCUGGCUAUGAAAACGAUUCUCCACUGCAUGACGCCGUGAGGAACGGGCAUCCAGCCAUUGUCAAACUGCUGCUGCAGCAUGGAGCCUCACAGAACGUACUAAAUCUGUAUGGAAAACGUCCUGCAGAUUAUGCGGUGAGUCUGGAGAUGCGGGAGAUUUUCCAGGAAGCCUCCGAAGGAACCCAGUGUGCUAAUCCGUCUGUUAGCCCCUCAGCCAGCCUCUCUGUGACGAGUAACUGUGCGAGGAGGGAUGAAAUGGUGAUGUUUGUGGCCAGCAAGCUGUGUCAUCCGGCCCAGCUUCAACUGGCCAACCUGGGACAGCUACUGGGAGGGAGGAUGGCUGACACCUUUUCUGGCUCAGUAAGCCACGUCGUGGUGCCAGAAGGACACAUGCCCACCACUUUCUCUACCCUCCUGGGUCUUCUCGCUGGCUGCUGGGUUGUCAGAUUCAGCUGGGUGGAGGCAUGUCUGCAGGCAGGCAAGUGGAUGCCCGAAACUGAGCAUGAGGCAGGAGAAGGCCCCCAGCGCAGUCGCAUCAACAGAUGUAGCCUGCUGCCACCACUCUUCGAUGGCUGCUUCUUCUUCCUGCUGGGCUCCUUCAAGGCGCCGGCCAAAGACAAGCUCACCAAGCUGCUGCGGGAGGGAGGAGGUCAACUCCUAAGCCGACAGCCCAAGCCCGAUAGCGAUGUGACACAAACCCUGAGCGCCGCCGCCUACCACGCCCUGCCCGGCUCUGACCAGGCCCUCUGCACCCAGUACAUCAUCUUCGACCCCCUGGGCCCUCACAAGCCCACAGUGGUCAGACGAGGCAAGGUAUGGUCAGCUCCCUCCACCUGGAUCAUCGACUGCAUCGCAGCCUUCCGGCUCCUCCCUGUGUCAGAACCUCAGGCAUUGCUCUAGACACAUUUUCUUUUGUACAUAUUAAAUAAUGUUUUUUCACGGUCACUUAUCAUUUAGCAUGGUAAUAAUGUGUGUUUAUCCUUUUUUAAAUACAAAGUGAUCAAGUUGACGUAAAUCACGAAAACAAGACAUUAAAACUUUUAUGAAGAUGCUGAAAUACA